AUGGUGCUUACCUCUUCAAACCUCCUCUUCCUAACUUAUAUCGCGACAGCGCUCGCUAUACCAGCAAGAAUUGCUCCAAGAUUUACCGAUCUAAAGCUCACUACACAGCUGGAAGCAGUCUCCCAAUUCGCAGCAGCCGCAUACUGUGAAGGAAAUACACAUUCUGCAGGUCAAUACAUCUCCUGUCUGCCAGAAAACUGCCUCUUCGUCGAAAAGUCAAAUGCAUGGGUUACUGAAGCAUUCUGGAAUAUUGGAGAAUCCAACACAAUUGGUUUUGUAGCCGUCGAUGAUACCAAUCAUCUCAUUGUUCUUGCUUUCCAAGGCACGGCAAAUACACUCCACAAGCUGACAGAUGCGGCAUUCCUACCUACAUCUACCAAUCUAUGUGGCACGGGCGAGAAUGAAUGUAAGAUACAUCGAGGGUUUUGGCAUGCGUGGCAGGAUGUUGAGAGCAUUGUCACCAAUUCAGUGCUUAGAGCUGUUAUUGAGCAUCCAGGAUACAGAGUAAUUGCUACAGGACAUAGCUUGGGAGGGGCUCUGGCUGCUCUAGCAGCGACAUCAUUGAGAAACGGGGGAAUGUCAGUAGACUUGUACACGUACGGUCAACCACGCCUGGGUUUUGAUUCCAUUUCGAAUUACAUCACGAACCAAGCUCCAGCCAAAGGUAACAAUUACAGAGUUACGAAUACCAACGACAUCGUUCCUCAGCUCCCUCAACACAAGGCAGGAGGCUGGGAUCAUUUCUCUCCGGAAUAUCAUGUCAAGAGCAGCAAUAUACCUGUUACUGGUCAAUAUAUCACAGAAUACACUGGACUCUUCAACGAGAGUGGGAAUGCGGGAGCUGAUUGGCCGGAAAAUAUUGAGGGUUUGAAGAAUGCCCACACGAAGUAUUUUGGGAAUAUCACGGAUUGCUUCUCAGGAGAGAUAAAUUCAACAGCGGAUCUCAUGGCAGUGUUAGACUUUGUUGGAGUUCCUAGUUCUCUUCUGGAGUAG